ACUAACGCUGUGGUGGGCAGGACGGGAUGGCUGCGCAUGCGUACUGAGGUUGUACAAGGGGAAGGAGGCUUCUGAAAGUAGAAGCUACUGCUGAUACCUGGAGAGGAGAGCUCGGCUGUGCGGAGGGUGUGAUAGACCGGCUCCGUGAUUGAUCAAGAUGGCUUCAUUAGGCCACCAUGCUCAUUGAUAUGAAGUAUCUGUGGUGGCCGAGUCUUUUACACUUCUGAUGGCAUCGGAAUCUAUGCUCCCUGGACAACCCAAGCAACCACAAACCAAGGGGAGAAGGAAGCUCCGGAAGGACAAGUCCUUCACCAGUGACACUGAGGGUGAUGGCACUUUUGUCUUUGAAGCUAAUGAAGCCUGGAAGGAUUUCCACAGCUCGCUCCUCCAUUUCUAUGAAGUGGGAGAGCUAUGUGACAUCACACUUAAGGUUGGAUCUAAGCUGAUCCCAUGCCACAAACUUGUGUUGGCCUGUGUGAUACCCUAUUUCCGUGCCAUGUUCCUGUCUGAUAUGGCAGAGGCGAAACAGACACUCAUUGAGAUACGUGACUUUGAUGGUGAUGCCAUUGAAGACUUGGUAAAGUUUGCCUAUUCGUCACGAGUCACCCUCACUGUUGAUAACGUUCAGCCUCUUCUGUAUGCCGCCUGCAUCCUUCAAGUAGAACUGGUUGCCAAGGCUUGUUGUGAAUAUAUGAAGUUACAUUUUCACCCCUCUAACUGCCUAGCUGUUAGGGCUUUUGCAGAAAGCCACAAUCGUGUGGAUUUGAUGGACAUGGCUGAUCGCUAUGCUUGUGACCACUUCCCCGAGGUGGUGGAGUGUGAGGAUUUUGUCAGUAUGUCCCCUCAGCACCUUUACAAACUGCUGUCUUCUGGCGAUCUAAACAUUGAAAGUGAGAAGCAGGUCUACAAUGCAGCUAUAAAGUGGCUCCGUGCUAAUCCACAGCACUAUGAAGUGUGGCUUCAUGAGAUCCUGUCUCAGGUUCGACUUCCUCUGUUGCCCAUUGACUUCCUUAUGUCAGUUGUGGCCAAAGAAGACAUCAUUAGACAGGACUUAAAAUGCAGAGAUCUGCUGGACGAAGCAAGGAACUAUCACCUGCACCUGAGCAGUCGAGCCGUUCCGGAGUUUGAAUAUACCAUCCGCACAACCCCCAGGAAACAGACUGCUGGUGUUCUGUUUUGUGUGGGAGGACGUGGAGGUUCAGGUGACCCAUUUCGCAGUAUUGAAUGCUACUCUGUAAGCAAAAACAACUGGUUCUUUGGGCCCGAAAUGAACAGUCGAAGGAGACAUGUGGGUGUUAUCUCUGUUGGAGGGAAGGUGUAUGCGGUCGGUGGGCAUGAUGGAAAUGAACAUUUGGGUAGCAUGGAGGUAUUUGACCCUUUAACAAAUAAAUGGAUUGUGAAGGCAUCAAUGAAUACAAAAAGGAGAGGCAUUGCCCUGUCCUCCCUUGGUGGCCCAAUAUAUGCUAUUGGAGGACUGGAUGACAAUACUUGCUUUAAUGAUGUGGAGAGGUAUGAUGUGGAAUCUGACUGCUGGACAGCUGUGGCUCCAAUGAUCACCCCUCGCGGAGGUGUUGGAUCUGUUGCUCUGGUGAAUCAUGUCUAUGCUGUGGGAGGAAAUGAUGGUGUCGCUUCACUCUCAAGUGUGGAAAGAUACGAUCCACAUCUGGACAAAUGGAUCGAUGUGAAGGAGAUGGGCCAGCGAAGGGCUGGUAACGGAGUUAGUGAACUUCAUGGCUGCUUAUAUGUUGUAGGUGGAUUUGAUGACAAUUCUCCCCUGAGUUCAGUAGAAAGAUAUGAUCCCCGCACCAACAAGUGGGAAUACGUUGCAGAGCUAACUACCCCAAGGGGUGGAGUUGGCAUAGCAACUUUAAUGGGCAAAAUAUAUGCAGUUGGUGGUCAUAAUGGAAAUGCAUAUUUAAAUACAGUGGAGUCUUAUGACCCUAUAAUGAACAGAUGGGAGCUUGUUGGGUCUGUGGCUCACUGCCGGGCUGGAGCAGGAGUUGCUGUCUGUGCUUGUCUGAGUAGCCAAAUCCGAGAUAUUGGCCAAGGCUCAAGCAACGUGGUGGACUGCAUGUAACCAACACAACUGGAUUCUUCUUCACUCCUAAUAAAACUUGGUGUUGGCAUCACCUCCUAAUGUCUAACUUGUGUGCUAGGAACUUCCUCGGUGUAUAUAGUGUUAAAUAUCUAGUGAUUUAUAUGAAGGUUGCACUAGUACAAUACCUUCACCUAUGCUGUGAUGUGUAACCACUGGGCAUUACUAGAAGUCUAUUUUUCUGUUAUCUUUUACAAAACUGUAGCCUAAGGGAUUAUAACUGUUAAUUUAUUAAAGUGCCAAAUGUCUUUUGCAUAGACUUCAUGGGUUAUGCGGUCUCUGUAUAUAGUCUGCAUUGUUUUGACCUUUUUGUGUGUGUGUAUAUAUAGAAGUAUAUUUAUUGAGAUAUUUUGUUGUUGACUAAUGUAUGACAGUUUAGUUUUGAAAAUUUACAUUAAAAAAGGGGUUUCCAAAUG